AUGAGUCCAUCUCUCAUUGUUAACAUCUCUGUGGAGUGGCUCUCCAUAAUGGACAGCAGAUGCAUGGAUUUGUUCCUCAUCCCUACUGUUCUUCUAACUUCUGUCACAAUGCUGGUCAACCCUGUACUGUUCCUCGGCAUCCUGUGUUUUCCUUCACUGCGUCAGGAGACCCGCUACCUGCUUCUUGCUAACACGCUCUUUGCCGACAUGCUCUUCCUCACCAUAAACCUUACAGUUGUGUCUUGCAACACAGUAGGCAUGCUCAUGCCUCACAUACUGUGCGAAUUUUUGAUUGUAAGCACAGUAACCACAUACAGCUGUUCCGUGCUCACCCUCACACUGAUGGUCAUCGACACAUAUGUUGCGGUACGCUGGCCGCUACGUUACAAAGAUAUUCUCCCACCAUCCCGUGCCAGGAAGAUAAUCAUGAGCAUGUGGGUGGUGGCAUCAUUGUGCCCAAUAUCUCUUCUAGUAAUGCUUGAGUUGGUGAUAAACAGUGACCAACAAAGGCAGCCGGUGUGUUUGGUAUUGAUUGCGCUGCACUCACUGGGUUGGAGGAAGUUUGGCAUUCAUUUGUACUUCAUAAUUGCUGUUAGCAUUUGCACUGCUCUCAUUGUGUACUGUUACAUUCAUCUUUACAUCAUCACAAAGACUUCGGGGAUAUGGCGUAGCCGGUACUCUCGAGCACGGAUGACGCUCCUGGCACACACACUGUUGCUCAUGAUGUAUUUCAUUCCUGCACUGGUCUUCGCAGUUGAGCUGGCUCUUUUAAAGCAAGAUGAAACCCAGAGUGAAGUGGGAGUGUGGAUUAACUUGGUGAACAUGUGUGUGCUGAUGUUGCUGCCACGCUCUUUUACUCCUUACCUGUACAUCCUGCGCUAUCGUGAGAUUUACAAGACUCUCCAGCAGGUGUUGGAAAAGAGACGUCUCAGCCAGAUCAGUGCAGCCUAG